UCUCUCUCUCUUCUCUCUCAGCAAAAUCUUGAAAAGCAGCCAUUCGCUGGCCAACAAAGGAAGAAGGCUCGAUCACUUUUAAGGGUUUCUUUCGCCAUUUUUAUCGAUUGGGUAAGCUGUUUUGAAGCUCGUUUUGAUCUCAAUUUUUUAGGGAAUUGGAUUUAUAUAUGUUUUCUUUCAACAACCCUGGAUUCUAUUCAUAUUGAAUAGCAGUUUAUUCUUAUUCUUAUUAUUAUAUGUAAUGAGAAGAAGACCCAAAUUAUCUUGAGAGGCUGAAAAGGGUUGCCUCAGAUCCAUGGAACCCAGAUUUCACGUGUUGAUGAAAAAGGUUGAUACUUUUUUAGGGUUUAAUCUGUGAUUUUUGGUGGGUUUGGUUUCAAUUGUUUUGCUUUUUUAGUUCUUGAUGUUUAUUGGUGAAAUUAAGAUUUGGGGGUUUUGUUUUUGAUUGAAGAAUCUUUGUAUUCCGUGGAUAGAUUCUAAAGAACCCUAAAUUUCUUGUAUUAUUGAAAUUUUAUCAGAAGGAAUCAUCAGAUCCAGUAUUUGUGACCGUUGGAUCUGUUGACCAUACCCUGAUUCCUGAUCCCCACCACAAAUCUUGAAUCUUGAUCUCAAUUUCAAUCUCUUGGUGGUUUUCUUGAUUUAUGAUGCUAAGAUUAUUGAUCAAUUUCAAGAAAUAAGUUAGGUUUUGGGGUUCUUAUAAUUGUUAGAAAAGAGGGGUUAGAUCAUAGAUGGAAGAUAUGCCUCCUGCUGUUUCAGUUACAUUUAGCUUAACGAAUCCGAUCUCCGAGAAUUCUGGACUUGGAAAUCAUGUCGAUUUCACUCGGAUGAAGCUAUUUACCGAAACAGCGAGCUUGUUAUCCGAUCCCACAACUGUUCUUCAUGGAAAUCGCAAUGGAUUAAAAGAUGAUCCGAGUUUGGGAAGUUUGUUAUCUCAUAAUGGGGUUGUUGGUGAUGAUAUAAUGGUUCAAGAAAGUGAUGCAGAUGAAUUUAUGUCGGUUGGGGACGAACCCAUUGAAAUCAACAGCGAGUUGCUAGCCAUGAACGCAAGUUCGGGUGGUUUACCAAUUGCUGUUGCAAUUGAGGGGAUAGAAAAUGGUCAAAUAGUUGCAGAAUUGAUUAGUUUGGAAGCCACGAUAGAAACUGCAAACGAGCGUACUUUGAAAGCAUCGGUAAUGGCUAUAGCGGAAAAGAAUCAUGGGAAAGGAGUAAGGAGCGUCUUCGAGUUAGAAUACCGACCUCUUUGGGGAUCUCAUUCGGUUUGUGGUAAACGGCCAGAAAUGGAAGAUGCUGUUGUUUCUGUUCCUCAAUUUAUGCAGGUUCCUAUUAAGAUGUUUGUUGUGGAUCAUAUAAUCGAUAGAGUGAAUCCAAAUUUGAGCGAUUUAACUGCUCAUUUUUUCGGAGUUUAUGACGGGCAUGGAGGCUCUCAGGUCGCCAAUUACUGUCGUGAGCGUGUCCAUAUUGCUUUAGAGGAGGAGCUAAAAGUCGUGAAGCAAGAAUUGGUUAAAGGGACGACCAACGACAGUGUACAAGUCGGGUGGGAAAAAGCCUUCACUAAUUGCUUUCAAAAGGUAGACGAUGAAGUUGGAGGGAAAGCUAGCAGAAACGGAGACCCAUCCGACGUAACUUCUGAACCAAUCGCCCCGGAAACCGUUGGGUCUACGGCCGUGGUUGCGUUGAUCUGUUCUUCGCAUAUUAUAAUUGCAAACUGUGGUGAUUCGAGAGCCGUUCUUUAUCGUGGCAAAGAAGCCAUGGCUUUAUCAAAUGAUCAUAAACCGAACAGGGAAGAUGAAUAUGCAAGAAUUGAGGCAGCCGGGGGCAAGGUUAUACAAUGGAAUGGACACCGUGUUUUUGGCGUGCUUGCAAUGUCGAGGUCGAUUGGUGAUAGGUAUUUGAAACCUUGGAUAAUACCCGAACCAGAAGUCACAUUCACGGCCCGAGCAAGAGAAGACGAGUGCCUUAUAUUAGCGAGUGACGGUUUAUGGGACGUAAUAUCAAACGAAGAAGCAUGUGAAGUGGCAAGAAAACGAAUCUUGAUUUGGCAUAAAAAGAAUGGCGGAAACACGGCGGUCGAAAGAGACGGAAACGGAGUCGAUCCUGCAGCGCAAGCAGCAGCCGACUAUCUCUCCAUGCUUGCUCUCCAAAAAGGAAGCAACGACAACAUAUCUGUGAUCGUGGUCGAUCUUAAAGCUCAAAGAAGGUUCAAAACAAAAUCUUGAAUUCAAGCUUUGAGAUCAAGAUUUGGUUGGUAUGAUGAUGAUGAUGAUAUAGUUUUAUAGAUCAAGUUUUAAUCUUUUGGUUUCUCAUUGUUAAGUCCAUUCAUUUUUCAUAUGGGCUUUGAAUGUGUGUAUCAGAAUUCUAUGUAUACCAAGACUACUUGUAGAGACUGCUUACCAU